CUUGUAUGACCGACUUAGCAAAGGAUUGAAAAUGGCUACCAAAGCCAACGAAGUAGUGAACCAAGCUUGGAAAAGCUAUAAAAAAUAUGUAACAGAUUUCCCAGAGACAGUUAGUCAGAUAGAGGCAACUUCCAGAGUACUAUCCUAUAUUAUUGCAGGUCGAUUUGAAGAUUCUCAAGUGUUCUCGGAGCUUGUAUAUCUUGCCUCAAAUCUAUUAAUACUGGUCAAUGAUACAAUCAUCAAGAAUGCUUCAAAGGUUAUCCCAAAGAUUCCUUUGUCUGUGGAAAAAUUGAAAAGAUUGCUGACCGUUUUGGAAUAUGGAGAAGUGUUCAUUGAAAUCGCAGCCUACAGAAAGUGGGGAGAAUCUGGAAAAUGGGUCUUCAUCGUCAUCAUUCAGCUUACAAAAGCAAUAUGGCGCCUACUGUUACUAUGGAAACAUCAUGCUGGGAUACAGCCCUCGCCUCCUCUAGCACAGAUAGACAGAGAGAAGUACACCAAGCAGUUCAAACACAAUCCUACAGAGGAAAUGCAAGAAUUCCAAGAAAAUUUGGAUGGGGAAACAGAGGGUGAACCAGUGAAUGGAAUGAGCGAAGUGACCUUCACCCUGAAGAGGUCAGGAAAGGUUGUGAGGAGACUCUCAGCAGCACCCCCAGUCAACUUUCGGUCCUGGAAGCUACCCAGCCAUGCAGACAGGGAGAAGGAAAGACUCCAAUUCUAUGAGCCCACAAUGUUGUCCAAGCCGAGACUGUGGGGGGAGACCUUGUAUAUUGCACGGCCAUUGAUUCAUUUAUUCAGCAUGUAUGUUUGUGGGACAAUGUCUUGGAAACCCUGGAUAGCGUCUGGGACGAUUGAUGUCGCCAGCUUGUGCAUGAUGGGUGACUCUAAAGACAUGAAUCCCCAGGAGAAGACUGAAAUCAAGAGGAGAUCACUCAUGCUGCUUUAUUAUCUGUUACGAUCUCCAUUCUUUGACGACUAUUCCAAAAUGAAGAUGUUAUCAUCUAUGAAAGUCCUGGCUGACAAUGUACCAGGUCUUGGAAUUUUAUUGAUAAAACUGUUUAACAAGGAAACGACAAAUAGGACGCCACUAAAAGCUACAAAAAUCGUGCUAAUGCAGUCAAAGGGUUGUAGAGAAGUGGAGCGGAUGGUAAGCCCUUGGCUAGCGAAGAUGCACUUGUUGAGAAUCAUCAACUUGUGUUUGAACUUGACACUAGCGAUUUGAAAAUAAACAGAAAAGCAUAUUUUAACGAGCAGAAAUAUUUUUAUCUGUGGCAAUAAAAAUUCCAGCACAUUUAUAACAUCAUCAACAUUAGUGUUUCCUCGGUAUUCAUCUUGGGCCCUCAACAGUCCCCAGAGGGGGGAAGGGAGUGGCAGGGGUGAAGAAUAUCCCUGUAUCCUCAAUUUUUUUUCGAUGGGGGUUGGAGGGGUUGGAGGAGUUUUAACAAUCGUCCUUUGAAACACAUCUUCACUUCUUGUCUUCAAGCUUACAUUCUUAACAUUUUCACUACCACUAUUUUAAAAGGGGGGGGGGGGAGAGUCACCCCAAUAAAUACCAGAAAAUUGUUUUAAAAAAGCGGGAACAGCCCCACCCCCUGGUUCUACAUGCCUGACGUCCUAGAGUGUGUCCCCUCCUGCUGAAAACAUCUUAAACGGUACAGCUGUAGGUUUAUAAGAUACACUCAGAGACGAUGAGGAAUGCCCCUAUUCUAUUUGAAACACAAACUUUCCAUUCAUUUGUUGUUAAUGACGUAAUUGUUAUGUUUUUGUAUUUUAAUAGGAAUUAAGUAUUCUCACUAUAAACAAAUAAACUUCAUAUCAUUAAGAAACACUCACAUCAACCCGUUGUCGUUUCAAGAAGCUUCGUCGGGGUUAGGGAAUUUUGAACUCCAGGACUUCAGUCUAAACAAAGAGGUACCUCUGGCACACAGUACUUUUGAGUCGAAUCUUCGCCUCUACAAAACCUUCAAUUUCUCAGGAUCUCCGUCUAGCUGAAGUUUUGAAAAGUGUUUUGAACACAACCGACUGAUUUCUGUUGCAUCAAACUUGUCUAUGAUCCAUGCUAUCCUCUGAGUUGCAUCCUUUGGGGAACUAAAAAAGUUAAAUCCAUACCCUUUCUUCUGAAUAUUGGGGCAACCAUGUGCCGCACAAUACACCACAGUCCAUUAAUUGAGGAGUAAAUACACAGAUAAUGAUGUUAAAGCAGUUUUAUUGAUAGAAUACUUGGAUUAUCACCUAAAUCGCCACGGGCUUACUACAUGCUUUCUCAUUCCAAUUGUCGCAUAUGACGUCACAGUAAUAUGGCGCGUAAAUCUCCGAUCGAAAUAUGCAUAUUACUGUAUUUGAAUUUCAGCUCGCAAUAUCUCUGUAAAUAUGCUCACAACAAUUUUUAUUGUAUUUAGUAUCCUUUUCAACUAUAUUACAAAGAAUAUUUUUCAUAAAAUUAUGGAAGUUCUGAAAAUAUGAGACAAAUCCUUUAAAGAAUGCACAGAAUGUGGGGAGUAUUUGUUUUUCCUCCAAGAUCUCUUUACAAUUAUGAUGUACCAUUUCUGUUGUAAUUGAACAUAUUGAUGAACAAAUUUAGAGUUAUGUACUUACAGUUAGAGUAAACCAUGAUUUUACAA